GGAACUCGGAGGCGCAGGUUGCUUUGACUGGAAUUAGGCACCAUGUCUAUGUCACACCUUUAUGGCAAAGAUGAGGACAGCGAUGGAGUGGAGAUGGAGAACUUUGAGAUCACAGACUGGGACCUGCAGAACGAGUUUAACCCCAACCGCAGAAAGCAUUUCCAGACAAAAGAGGAGGCGACCUACGGCAUGUGGGCAGAGCACGACUCUGAUGAUGAGAGGCCAAGCUUUGGGGGGAAAAGAUCCCGAGACUACUCUGCCCCUGUUAAUUUUAUCAGCGCUGGAAUCCGUAAGCCAGCUGCAGAAGAAAAAUCUGAUAGUGAUUCUGACAGUGAAACACAAUCAAGAAGGGAAAAUUUCCCAAAGGAUUUUGAAGCAAAGAAGCUAAGGACGGGUGGUAAUUUUAAACCAUCACAGAGGACGUUUGCUGGAGGAAUAAAGUCAAACACAGAUUUUGGUUCUUGGGAGCGGCAUACGAAAGGAAUUGGGCAGAAGCUCCUACAGAAGAUGGGUUACAUGCCAGGGAGAGGCUUGGGAAAGAAUGCUCAAGGCAUCAUUGCCCCCAUUGAAGCCAAACAAAGGAAAGGUAAAGGAGCAGUAGGGGCUUAUGGCUCAGAAAGGACCAAGCAGUCGAUUAAGGAUUUCCCUGUUGUGGAUUCUGAAGAAGAGGAGGAGAAGGAUUUUCAGAAGGAGAUGAGUCAAUGGCGUAAGGAGCCUGGCGGAGGGAAGAAAAAACCUAAAUACUCCUAUAAAACCGUGGAGGAGCUGAAAGCCAAAGGCAGAGUGGGGAAGUCUUUGUCGGCACCCCAAAAGGAGAUAUCCCAAGUAAAGGUGAUUGAUAUGACUGGUCGGGAGCAGAAGGUCUACUACAGUUACAGUCAACUUGCCCAGAAGCACAACAUUCCUGGAGAGGCGCCUGGUCAGGGGGUCAAGGAAGAGAAGCCUCAGGGUUUUGCUCUGCCAGAGCUGGAGCACAACUUGCAGCUACUAAUUGAUAUGACUGAGCAGGAGAUCAUUCAGAAUGACCGGCAACUACAGUAUGAGCAGGACAUGGUGGUGAACCUCACCCACGAGCUGGAGAAGCUUUCUGAGGUGCUGGAACGGGAGGAUAAAGCCAUAGAGAACCUGAGUAAGGUUCUGGAGACUGUAGAGGAGUGUGAACGUCGGAUACAGCCUACGUGUGAUAACCCUCUGACAUUAGAGGAGUGUGCACGGAUAUUUGAGAUGUUGCAAGACAAAUACUAUGAGGAAUACAAGAUGUCUGAGAAGGCAGACCUUUCUGUGGCUAUUGUUUACCCACUGAUGAAAGAUUAUUUCAAAGACUGGAACCCACUUAGGGAUCCUAAUUAUGGGACUGAUGUCAUGAGUAAGUGGAAGAACCUUCUAGAGGAAGGUCACCUAUCUCACAGUGCGCACGAUGCAGCUAUGGACCCAUAUCACAGGUUGCUCUGGGAGAUGUGGGUUCCCUUCUUGCGAAACAUCAUUGCCCAGUGGCAACCCAGAAACUGUGCUCCCAUGGCUGACUUUUUAGACAGCUGGGUCCAUUUGCUGCCAGUCUGGAUUCUGGAUAAUAUACUAGAUCAGCUUAUUUUCCCCAAAUUGCAAAAAGAGGUUGAAAACUGGAACCCGCUGACAGACACAGUCCCGAUCCACUCGUGGAUUCACCCUUGGCUACCUAUGAUGCAGUCGCGGCUAGAGCCACUCUUCUCACCGAUUCGGAAUAAACUGUCCAAUGCCCUUCAGAAAUGGCACCCCAGCGAUUCCUCUGCCAAACUGAUUCUGCAGCCCUGGAAGGAGGUGUUUACUCCAGGCUCUUGGGAAGCCUUCAUGGUGAAGAACAUUGUGCCCAAGCUAGGCAUGUGUCUCAGCGAGUUUGUUAUUAAUCCACACCAACAGCACAUGGAGGUCUUUCACUGGGUCACGGACUGGGAGGGGAUGGUCGCUUUGUCCAGCAUCGUAGGGCUCCUGGAGAAACAUUUCUUCCCCAAGUGGUUACAGGUGUUGUGUUCCUGGCUCAGCAAUAACCCCAAUUAUGAAGAGAUCACAAAGUGGUAUCUAGGCUGGAAGUCUAUGUUCUCUGACUUGGUGUUGGCUCACCCUGCCAUCAAGGACAAAUUUAAUGAGGCUCUAGACAUCAUGAAUAGAGCCGUUUCCUCUAGUGUUGGUGCUUACAUGCAGCCGGGUGCCCGUGAGAGCAUCGCUUACCUUACACAGACGGAGAAAAGGAAGGAUUUCCAGUAUGAGGCUAUGCAGGAGAGGCGGGAUGCGGAGAGCAUUGCUCAGAGGGGAAUAGGGGCCGCAGCAGCUGUGCCCAUGAACUUCAAGGAUCUGAUCCAGUCCAAGGCAGAGGAGCACAACAUCGUAUUCAUGCCUUUAAUUGGCAAGCGGCACGAGGGAAAACAACUGUACAACUUCAACCGCAUCGUCAUCUAUAUAGACAGAGGUGUUGUGUUUGUACAAGGAGAGAAAACGUGGGUGCCCACAUCCCUGCAGAGCCUUAUCGACAUGGCCAAAUAGACUUCUAAUCAGACAACAUCUCUCGGCCACCCCUUGUAUAUACCUGUAUCUAAUGUAUUUCAUUAGUGCUUCAAUCACCGGAUGGGUUGCUGAUAUCACUUCCUGCUUUGACUACCGACUUCUUGAUUCGACAAAGAGAGACUGUACUGCAGUUAUUUUUGCAUUUAAUAAAUCCAGAUUGUCCUUGU